AUGCGCGCUUUUUCGACAACGCGGGUGCAGCGCCACGGCCACGUGCACACGCCCAAGCCCGGCGAAGAACUCUACGUCACAUUCGUCGACAAGGACGGCGAGGAGCACAAGCUGGCCGUCGCCGAGGGCGACAACCUGCUCGACAUUGCGCAGGCGCACGACCUCGAGAUGGAGGGCGCCUGCGGCGGCUCCUGCGCCUGCUCGACGUGCCACGUCAUCGUCGCCGACGAGGGGCUCUACGACAAGAUGCCCGAGCCCGAGGACGACGAGAACGACAUGCUCGACCUGGCGUUUGGCCUGACCGAGACGAGCCGCCUCGGGUGCCAGGUCAUCAUGACCAAGGAUCUGGACGGCCUGGUCGUCAAGCUGCCCACCAUGACACGGAACCUGCAGGCCAGCGACUUUCAAUAG